GGAAGAAUGAAAAAAUAGAAAAGAAAGGAGAAAGGAUAAGAGAAGAAAAAAAUAAAUAAAAAGAAAAAAGAAAGAAAGGAGAGAAUAGGAAGAAGUACAAGAAAAGGAAGAAAAGAAAAGAAGAGUUUAGUGUGAUCUUUCAUGGGAAAUAACAUGGGUGUUAGAAGAGUCAAAGAGAGACAGAGAGAAGGAUAGAGAUAUAUAUAUAUAUACAUACAUACACACAUAUAUAUAUAUAUAUAUAUAUAUAUAUAUAUAUAUAUUUAUCAAAAGGAAAUAAACGAAGCGAGAAGAGACAAGCGCGUAAGGGUGCGUUCGUGCGUACGCGCACGUUGUGUGUACGUUUGUGUGCGCGCGCGUGAGUGUAUGUGUGUCCGUGUUAUGGUGUUUGGUGAGUGUGCGCGCGCGCGCGCGUGACCAAAAGAACGAGCAACAGAACGAGCGAGCUUAUCGUCGCGAUGAAAAAGACUUUGUGAAAAGGGAGUUUUGAAAGUAACACCGAAGGGAUUAUCUGGCAUCGAUUAAUGUAUAUCACGAUCCGUGCUUAAUGGAGCGAGGCCAAGCCGAGUGCGGUGGACGAGGAGGAUGACGAGAGGUUGCUGGAGGACGAAUACGACGACGACGACGACGACGACGACGACGACGACGACGACGACGACGACGACGAAGAAGAAGACGACAACGACGAGAACGACGAGGACGACGAGGAGAACGAAGAGCCGAGGAGAAGGAACGAACACGGGAAAGGAGAUAAGCGUUAAACGGCCGAGAAGAAGGAGGAGAAGGUGGAGAAGGAAGGAGGAGGAGGAGGAGAGAAAGAGUGUAGUACGACGAGCGUGUAACACACAGUGUCGUACUAUCUGUGCACCGUGUUGUAUGUGACAGUGUUAUUUACCAAGUACGCGUCCGUGACGUCGCGAGUGACUGACAAUAAACGCGUCGAACGGAAAAGAAGACGCGAUUUUCUUCGAGGCACGCGACCCAACGUCUCAUCCAACCCUAUUCUAUCUCUUUUUAUCCUAUCCUCUUGUUUCUUAUACUCGUAGAGAAGAGGAAACUCCGAUAUAUCACGCGUGGAGAUUUUCACGGGCGAAGAAGGAACUAGGAGUGACACGGCGAGGAUGGAGGACCGCCGUGGAAAGUGGCUCUACGCCGUUUUGCAUCUUUUGACGUUUCUCUACAGACACGCCGAAUGUGCGUCGAAAAGCGGUGGUUCGGUAGUCGAGCAUCAUUCUUCGUAUUGGGAGCAACCAUUUAGUCAGCCAUAUUUCGAUAACACAACCAAAAGAGAAACAACGACGACGGUCGGUCAAACCGCUUACUUGUAUUGCAGAGUACGCAAUCUUGGCGAUCGUGCUGUUUCAUGGAUAAGAAAACGAGACCUUCACAUACUCACUGUAGGUAUUUUAACUUACACGAACGAUCAACGCUUUCAAUCAUUACACGGCGAUGGAAGCGACGAAUGGACCUUGAAAAUUAGUUCACCGCAAGUCAGAGACAGCGGGACCUACGAGUGCCAAGUCUCGACCGAACCGAAAAUCAGUCAAGCGUUUAACUUGAGCGUAGUGGUGUCGAAAGCGAAAAUCAAUGGCAAUUCGGAAUUGUACAUCAAAAGUGGAAGCGACAUAAACCUGACUUGCAUCGUACUCCAAACACCGGAGCCGCCAUCCUUUAUUUAUUGGUACAAGGGCGAUCACGUUAUCAAUUACAGUCAAAGAGGUGGGAUCAAUGUUGUGACGGAGAAGCAAACACGAACUUCGCGUCUUUUAAUAUCGAAAGCGUUGCCAGCUGAUUCUGGAAAUUACACGUGUGCCCCAUCCACGGCUGAAUCAGCGAGCGUUCUGGUCCACGUUCUGAACGGAGAACAUCCGGCAGCAAUGCAGCAUGGAAAUUCAAGUAACAGCGGUGCUGCCACGAGGACACUAGCAUUGCUGCUCUUGCUUCUGCACGCCGGAUCCUUCGCGAGGUGACUGGUCGAUUGCGAGGACGUUCUGUAAACGCGCCAACAUCGAUCGUCUCUCCAUCCCUCUUUUCUGAUAGAGGGACAGAGUGUGGAGUAAAAGAGAAGAAGGAGACUGUAAAAGGGGGAAGAGAGAGAGAGAGAGAGAGAGA